AUGAGCCAUUCUCAGUCAAUAGAGCACUGGAAGUCACGGUCCCAGUCUCCUCCCGACUACAAGGAGGCCAUUGCAUCAGACUACACUAUCAGUAGUAACCAAUCCUCCUUUCCCGACUCGGAUCGCUUUCUCUCCACAAGCGAGCUUCAAAUAGAAGCCAUCGGAUACGAUACCAAUCAAGCACUCACCGGUCACAGAACGUUAGAGAAUAUCUCCGUCUAUAGCGUGCAAUCCGGAACACCGGUACAAGAAAAGUACACCUCUAUCCGCCUAAAGAGCAGUUCAAACUCGUGCGCAUUGGUGCAAUCAUCCGAUCCAUAUCAGAAUGCUCUUAUUUCAACUAUCUAUCGAUGGGGCCCGGGAAGACAUCCUAGAAUGCGUAUCCUAUCCCAUGAUGCCACUGGCAGUGUUUCAGUUAAGCAGGCUAUAGAUGAUGACAACCUAUGCGGAGAAUUGAUCGAAGUCAAAAGCCGGUCGAUUAUCAGCCGUGAUCAGGUUUUCGAUACGUCGCUUGGCAAAUUCGAGUGGCGGUAUGGCAGUCGAGAAGAAAGGAAGGCUUGUAAUGCUGAUUCGCUGCUUAUUCUGGAGCGUGUUGAUCGUGUUGUUUUAUCCGAUGGGUCGAAAUCUAAGAGUGGGACCAGAAUCGCUCAGUUUAUUCGAAAUGACCAAUUUCGUACCCCUGGUUCUGUGAGGUACUCUGGGGGUAAUGGUGGUCGACUAGUGAUGGAUUUGCGUAUGUGGACUCGGAAGAACGAGAAGGGUGCUGAUGUUGAGGUUGAUGGGGUAGAGGCUUUCGUUGUAGCGAGUUGUAUCUUGAUGCUGAAGAGGGAGGCGGAUCGUUUUAUUGAUAAUAAUCUCGCCGCUGUGUCAUAA